AUGUUUCGAAUCUUAGUGGAGACGGUGCUGACCCCAGAAUCGAAGGAGGAAGCUGUGGAUUCGGUAGGGGGCCUUGAGGCAGUUGAGGCUCCCAGCCCUGGUGGCGAACACUGGGAAAAAAAUGUCAACAAAAUUCUGGGGGAAGAGAAAGGUAACUCCUAUGUCCAGCGUCAACAUUUCAGGCAGUUCCGUUACCGGAGGUGCGCUGGGCCCCGCACGGUUUACAGCCAGCUUCACGAUCUCUGUUGCCAAUGGCUGAAGCCAGGAGAGCACACGAAAGCUGAGAUCCUGGACUUGGUGGUCCUGGAGCAGUUCUUGACUAUCCUCCCUCCCGACAUGAAGACCUGGAUCAGGGAAUGUGGCGCGGAGACCUGUUCCCAGGCGGUGGCCCUGGCCGAAGGCUUCCUCUUGAGCCAAAUGGAGGACAAGAAGCCGAAAAUCCAGGGUCUGUUUGUGGAUAACGAUUUCCCCCAAAUUAAGAAGGCGGUUCCCUCAGAUGAAGGACAGAGACAGUUCUUCAAGCAGAUCUUAGAGAACGAAGAUGCCGUAUUGCAGGGCAAUGAGAACUCCAUGGCGAGGGAUGUGUCUGCUUUUGUUUCUGAAGUGUUUCCUUCAGCUGAGCCCACUCUGGCUCCGCUGUCUUUUGAGGACGUGGCGGUGUAUUUCACGGAGGAAGAGUGUCCUCUCUUGAACGCAAGCCAGGUAGCCCUGCAACUGGAGGUCAUGGUGGAGAACUACCAAAACCUGAGCUUUUUAGGGAGGGGCACACGGCAGAAGGAGGAUGAGUCCCAAAGAAUCUCCUUAAAAAGAAGCAGAUCCACCCAGGAGGAACCGCAGAGCGAGGGAACGGAGGAUCGGCCAAAGUGCUUGAGAUGGGAUGAAUUCUCUCUUUCUGAAAGCCCUCAUUUCCAAGGUGUAACAGUGCCUCCCCAAAGAUAUCCGGCGAAUACAUCUUUAGCUUCGGCAAGCAGGAACUUUUCCAAAACUCCAAUCCAGGGAAAACUAACCACGAGAAACACACCCUUGGUUUCGAAGAGCGUGAAUUCUCCUGAAACGCUCAACCAUGGGAAAUUAGCUCCGAAACCGAGAAUGAAUACGUGUCCCAUCUGUGGGAAAAGCUUCGCUCAUAAGUCUCUACUGCAUGAACACGAAAAAAUCCACGCCAAGGAGAAACCUUUUAAAUGCUCCGAAUGUGGCAUAAGCUUCAGUCAGAUGGCAACCUUGACCUCUCACAAACGCAUCCACACGGGGGAGAAACCCUAUCACUGCUCGUCGUGCGGAAAGAGUUUCAGUCACAGCAUAACUCUCCAUUCUCAUCGAAGGAGCCACAAAAUUUAA